CUUCCCACCACCCCUUCUUAGCUUCUUUCCCUCUCUCCGGCUAUAUGGACCCCAAAUCUUGUGGCGUUAUGUCAGCACCGUCGUUAUUAGCCGGCGACUACUGUGACUUCCGCCGUGCUCCCACGGAGCUCGAUCUGGAAGUCGAAGAAUUCAUGAAGACUUGGAUGGCGGACGCACCGAACGAGGAACACGCCGACGACAACGACUUGAAACCUUGUAUGACGGAUCCGUUCAUCGGCAGCGGCGGCGGUGACGGUGGCGUUCCCUCCGCCUCCGCCUCCGCCGCUUUCCGAAACCCGGAUGUGGUGGUGACUACAUUUUCGACCUGUACUAGUGGAGUGACAGAUAAUAAUAAUAACAAUAUUAAUUAUAAUAAUAGUACUCAACAGCAGCAGCAGCAGCUUGUGUGCUCUCAGAACCUCACUCGCAACCAUUCAACUAUUGAUUCUCAAUCAUCCAUUUGUGGUACAGCUACUGUUGGAAGCCCAGUGUCUGCUAAUAAACCAAACGGCGGCAGAGGAAGUGAAGCCAAAGGAGGGACCACGUGCGGUUCCUCAUCACAUGAGGCGUCCGAUGAGGAUGAUGAGGCAGGUCCAUGUGAAGAAAGCACAAACCCUAUUGAUAUGAAGCGCCUCAGAAGGAAGGUUUCUAAUCGCGAGUCUGCUAGGAGGUCUAGAAGAAGGAAGCAAGCUUAUUUGACUGACCUUGAGUCUCAGGUUGAACAGCUGAGGUUGGAAAAUGCAACCCUGUACAAACAGCUUACAGAUGCUAGCCAACACUUUCGUGAUGCUGAUACAAAUAACCGAGUUCUUAAAUCAGAUGUCGAAGCUUUGAGAGCUAAGGUGAAAUUAGCGGAGGACAUGGUUGCUCGAAGCUCUUUCACUAAUCUGAACAACCAGCUAAUCCAGAAUCAGCGGGGUCAGAUGAACAGCAACAAUAAUUUGCGGCGCGUGGCACAUGUUUCGCCAACCAUUACUGUCCAUGGAAAUGACUCCUCAUAUGGAAGCUGCAUCACUAGUGUUGAUGGACAAAACUCAGCCCAUCUUGGAGGACUUGCCAGAAACUUGGACAUAACUAAUAAUAAUAAUAAUAACAACUAUAGUGAUUAUAAUGCAGUCAUAAGCGAUGCUGUAAGCUCUGUCACUAACUUAUGGCCAUGAUGAGUUUGUGCUUAAUAAAUGUUUCUAGACAAAAGUAUAGAUAUACUAGAACCGUAGAACCAAGGGGAUGGAAACAAUAUAAAAAGUUGUGUUUGUCCCUCGUUAUUUCUAGCUUAAGACCAGAAUAUUUUACUUUUGUCUAUAUAUAUAUGAGUUUAAUUUUGAUGCAUAUAUAUCUUUUUCUAAUUAGUUUUGUGUUGAGAUAAUUAAUUAGCAAAUAGAACUUUAAGAGUUUCGACCAGAUAUACUCUCUUGUAGUAAUGAAACUAGUUACAUCCAAAUUAAUGU